AUGCUUCGUCAAAUCAGUCUGCAAGUUGCGAACAAAACACCGGUUCUAGUACCCAGAGCAGGCUAUAAGAACUUUGUAAUGUCUGAAGCGCUCGCUCAGAUCGAGAAAGACUGCGAAAGGUUCUGUCCGGUACCAAGGUUCCCACCACAAAAAGUAGCCAUAGUCGGCGCUGGUAGUGACAUUGGUCGAAUAGCAGCUUUGUUCCUAAAACAGCAGAAAGUCGUGAAAACCCUUGCCUUGUAUGAUGAUGUACCCGAACGAUACGUAUUGGGAAUAGCCAACGACUUAGCACAUAUUGAUACUAGCACUGAGAUCGAAGCGUUUCAAGGAAGAGUUUUCUUAAAACCAGCGCUAUAUGUAUGAAACUUUUCGUAUUCUGUACGCUUUU